AUGAAUACUCCGUGCGCGCGCGCCGUGGUGAGCCGCUAUUCUCCGCACCCUCGGGUGCUCACGCUCCUGCUGCUGCUGCUGCUGUGCUGUACGGCCGGGUGCCUUGCCGCAGGUCACCACCGCUGCAUGCACGACCAGAUGGUCCAGAGAAGCGAGCAGAUGGCGGUUGUGCGGGAGAUACCCCGCAAGGGGCAGGGCGCCGUGCAGGCAUACACCGCCAGUGCUGCUAUCACCGAAGAGGAAAAGGAUAAGCUAAACUGGACGCCAAUCCGCAUCAAGGCAUUUACGAGGGACCUGGAAGACCCAAAAAAGUAUUGCACAGCCGCUGGGGAAGUAAUUUGGAAUAACGGUUUCCAGAGGAUAGUCUGUACUUACGGUGGCAUUUUGACGGUGAGGAAGAAAAGGAUCAUCCUGGAGCAAGCUCUCCCCGCGGCAAUUAAAAUGCACGCUGAGCGUAUUUCUGUGGUGCGGGAGACGGGCAUUGUUAAGGUGCCAAGGGAAGACAUAGGGCACUGCAGUGGUUUCCAUAUCCCUGAGGAGCACCACACAAUUGGGCUUCAGGAUGCUGAUAUGCAUCUCUACGUCGCCGCUUUGCAGUGCAGGAGCGAGAGUGCGUGGGCGAUAGCGUGCGGCCAUUUGAAGACGAAUGGCCGUCCCUUUAUUGCCGCCGUCAACCUGGAUCCCAGACGUGUGGAGCCCACGAGUUCGUACGUUCGCGUGGUAGCGCACGAAAUUGGGCAUGCUCUUGGUUUUGACUCUGCUAUGUUUCCUCGCCUGGGUAUGAUGGGAACCUUUUUUGGCGUGCGGGGAAGGGAAUUUGUGUGGAUGAUAAACACUUCUAAGGCGAAGGAGGUGGCGCGAAAUUAUUUCAACUGCCCCAAUGCCUCUGGACUGGAAAUGGAGAGCACAGGUUGGGGAUCUGCUUCACACUUUUCAAUUCGCGUCGCGAAGGGCGACAUGAUGGGGCCUGGAUACAGUCCUCUGGUCUACAGCGAACUGUCACUCGCAGUGUUCGAUAGCAUGCCAUUUUACAAAGCUAAUUUCAGUAUGGCCGAACCACUGGUGUGGGGUAAGAACGCCGGCUGCGACUUUCUGGAGAAGAAGUGCCUGGAAAAUGGUGUGAGCCCUAACCCCGAGUUCUUCUGCAACAAGUUUCGUUCAACGAACAUAGACUUCUGCACACCCGAUCGUAUGGGUCUUGGGUAUUGCACACUGAAAGCUCAUUACAGGAUACUUCCCAAGCAUUUCCAGUACUUCAAAAAACUUUUUUGGGGUGGCGAUUUAAGCGCGUUGGACUACUGUCCUUAUGUUGAGCCAUACGGUUAUACCAGGUGCGCUACAAGCUUGUACCUACAAUCCCGUGGAAGCUUUAUUGGCGAAAACGCACGUUGUGUAAAAGGCGUCGAGCUAAAUUUUUCGGGACAGCCUAUUGGUGAUGUGUGCGUGAAUACCAAGUGCGACAAUGGCACUCUGAGCGUGCAGUUUCUGGGUGAUGGUGAUGAUGAGUGGCACGUAUGUAAGGAGAAGGAGGAAAUCAUUCCGAAUAAGGCAAACUGGUCAGGAAAGAUUAUCUGCCCCAGGUACGACGCGGUGUGCACCAAGAUCCCCGACAUCACUAUUCCUCUGAAAGAGAUACCUUACCAGGAUGGCGACGACAAACCUGCUCCUGGAAACAUUACGUGGAACAUGACUGAAACUCCCAGUUCCGAUCCUUUGCCCCAUCCAGCGCCAGAACCAACCGUGGAAACUGUUGGGGCACCACAUGUUGAGAAAGAACCAAGUUCGUCUUAUCCUAAUGUACCCGCUGACUCAUCGGGACCCACAGAUACGACCACACCGGUGCAGAGAGAUGUUUUUGAGAAGGAAAGGAUUGACUCUCCGACAUCCACUGCUCAUUCUGAAACGAUGCUCGACCAAAACGAAAAUCACCAUGAGAGGCUGGAUGGCAGUCAACAUGGAUCUGGCUCAGACGUUCUUACUCCUCAGACAAACUCAGAUGGGAACACGGUUGAGCGAAACAGUGAUGCAAGAGACAACGGGGUAGCCAACGGUGGUGGCGUACGCUCUGUGGCCAGCCAUGGUGAUCUGCUGACGCUGAACAUUGGUGUUGGCGAUGGCAGUGUGACUCCUGCUGGGCAUGCACCCCUUUUGCUUCUCGCCCUCGCCAGCGUUGUCGCUGUGGUGGUGCCUUUGUGA